CGUGUGUAUAUAAAUAUCAGGCAGCAAAGAGAAGCAUCAUUUCAUCGUCUUAAAGAGACUUACCUACAGCAGCUAUAUCUGAUCAGCUUUCUGCAGAGAAGCACAUAAGACUAUAUUCUUACCAUGGAUUUUUGCAUCAGCUAUCAGCCUGUCCGUGGUUCCAGGAUCUCCACCUUCUGUAUUUCCUUCGCCCUCAUUUACUCAGGACUGUGCUUGUGGAGCAGUGUGGAGGGCUGGUCGUACCAUUACUCCAACAACACCAUGCAAUGGGAAGACGCCCGACUGUGGUGUCAGGAGCACUACACCGACAUGGUGGCCAUCCAAGACCAGCGGGAGAUCGCUCACCUCAACGCCAUCAUCCCCAGAAACCCCAGCGGGCCGGGAUCCGGGUACUACUGGAUUGGGAUCCGUAAAGUGGAGGGGGUUUGGACCUGGGUGGGCACCAACAAGGCUCUGACGGCCGAGGCGGAGAACUGGGCGGCCGGGGAACCCAACAACGGGAGGAACGCCAACGGGAGGAACGAGGACUGCGUGGAGAUGUACAUCAAGAGGGAGAAGGACAACACCAAGUGGAACGACGAGUCGUGCAAGAAGAAGAAGAGGCCGCUGUGUUACACAGCUUCCUGUGCAAAAGACUCUUGUUUUCAUGGAGAGUGUGUGGAGACCAUAAACAGUCACAAGUGUCAGUGUUUUGAGGGAUUCUAUGGCGAGCAGUGUGAGCACGUGGUUCAGUGUAAGCAGGAGGAAGUUCCAGUUCUGGCCAAAGCUAGCUUGGAGUGUUUACAUCCAAAUGGACAUUUCUCCUACAAUUCCAAAUGCCAGUAUUCAUGUGAGCAGGGCUAUCAGCUGAACUCCUCUGGGAUCAUGACAUGCACAGCCACUAAACAGUGGUCAGAACAACCACCAUCCUGUGAAUUGAUUACAUGCAGCGAGCUGCUCGUUCCUGUAAACGGCUUGAUGGACUGCCAGCACCCACUGGGGUCUUUCAGCUACUUGUCCACCUGUGGGGUCACCUGCAAGGAGGGCUUUGAGCUGGUAGACCCAGGCUCUACCAGUCUGCAGUGUGGAGCUUCAGGACAAUGGAACAACUCCCUGACACAAUGUGCCGCUGUUCAAUGCCCUGCUCUCGGGGCACCCGAUAAUGGGACCAUCACCUGUGGUGGAGACCCGGAGACGGAGUUUAGCUACGGACGUAGCUGCAGCUUUAGCUGUGCUGAGGGCUACCGUCUCCAGGGUGCCAGUCUGGUGACGUGCGCUGCGGAUGCUAGCUGGAGCGAGGAGAUGCCACGCUGCGAAGCGAUCAAGUGCUCGAAGCCUGUGGGAGGAACUAAACUGCUCACCCGGUGUAGCCCUGCUGCCGAUGAGCUGUGGCCAGGCUCCAGCUGCACAUUCAGCUGUGCUGCGGGUUAUGAGAUGCAGGGAGAGCCCAGCAUUGAGUGCUCUAGAGAGGGGGAGUGGAGCGCAGACACGCCAACCUGCAGAGCGGUGCAGUGCCCCUCUCCCAGCGCUCCUCUGGGGGGUCAGGUGAGCUGUGUGGCCCCCUCGCCCUCCACCUCGGCCCCUGUCGGGGGCGCCCAUCCCUGGGGCUCCGUCUGUUCCUACCUCUGUGACGAGGGCCAUGAUCACCAGGGGGCCCUGGGCACAGAAUGCGUUGGCUCAGGUGUCUGGAGUUCUGAAAUCCCUACCUGUACAGCAGUGAGAUGCCCCUUGCUCCAGGCUCCAGCUAACGGCGCUGUCAGUUGUUCCAAUCGAGAUCUCAAUGAGACCGUGUUCGGCUCAGAGUGCUCCUUUACCUGUGAAGAGGGGCACGCCUUACACGGACACGCUCACAUCACCUGCAACCUCCAUGGCAACUGGACCAGAGAGGCUCCCCGAUGCGAAGCCGCUCCUUUUCUUGAGGCUCUGUUGACGCCGACUAACAUGGGUCUGGCAGCAGGGGGCGCUGUCUCGUUGUCCGGCCUGUCUCUCGCGAUAUGGCUGCUGAAACGACUCAGACAGAAAGGUAACAAGUUCGAACUGAACAGUUUCUCAGACGUAGAAGAUCCACCGCAAGUCUACAAGAACAGCAUUGACAGCCUCAUUUAGAGAACAGCAUUAACCUUUUAAGGAGUGAGUUCUAAAUAUUACCGACGCUUCCACCAGAGUGAGUUAUUUUUCCAAAACGGAAGCUAGCUAGUUUUAGUUAGCUUCCGUUACCUAGCAACCUAGCAUAAUACUCGUAGCAAUGCUACUACCUGCUAGUGUUACUUGUUAGCCUCCUAAUUGUAAAUUUUGAAGCCAUACUAUAGCGUUUUUUCAUAUAGUUUUUGUCUAUCGGAAAAUAGUCGGUUGGAAUGUUCAGAAUCACACGUGUGACGGUACUCUGUGGGGCCCGCUUUCGAACGAUCACAUAUGUGUGACGCUACUCCUUAACGGGUUAAGACGUCCAGUAGGGCAGAGGUCAGAGGUCAGGAUGAAGAGGAGGUCAAAAACAGCCGGAUCUGUUAUGGAAAAUUACCUUCUGGGUGUUUCACAGUUCUUCAGGUUUAAGUUACCCGAUGAUCUAAUGCAGUGAUUGUUACUGCUGGAUGUAUUAAAGUAGUCUUUACUAUACUGACUGUGAAUAAUGCCCAAAUGAGAAAAACCCUUUCACCUUUAAAGCGAAACGCUUUAUUUGUAGAUUAUCUGUGCUGCCUGUUGGAAAGGUUUUUCACAAUAGCAUGAUUUCCUCCCAAAGGGAGUUUUUGAACUGAACACAUUGUUCUCCAUCCUCUUUAAUUAAGAAGUUGUUUUAUACAAUUUCUAAAGUUGUUUAUUAUAUUGUCAUGUUUUCAAAUAUAUAUAUAUAUAUAUAUAUAUAUAUUUCAGUAUUUAAGUCAUAUUUAUUUCAAAGCAUACAUGUUUCUAUGUUUCAAGUGCUACUAUUAAAAAUGACAUGU